GUGAAACAGACACAUUUGGACUGAUCAGUUUGGAUGAAAAACCCUGCCGAACUUGAAUGAGCUGAUUGAUUGAAUGAUUCGAAUCCUUUGUACCGCACGCAUUUUCAUCCAUAAAUUGGAGUGCCUCUCGACCUGCGUUCUGUGUUCUGUGGUCGCUUCCAACCGAACCUGUUUGCUCCCGCUCCGUUUUGGAACCCCCGCGACCAUUCUCACCUUGAGCGCGGACGCCAGACCUCUCAAAAUGUCUGAACACGCCGCGACUAACCUGAGAGGAUGCGACGCGAUGUGCGGUAAUCUGAUUAGCGCACCGGCAGGAUUACCCGCAGAAGCAGAUGGAGCCACGGGGUUGUCUUUGGGUUUACUUUGAGCCAAUGAGAGCACGAGGAAGCUGGAUUAAAACUUGGCUUGUCCGAGCGUGGUGUGCAUAUGCUGGGAUAAACCCAAGGAGCAAUCUCGUGGAAUUGUCAACAUAGCAGGUCCCCAUCCGGCCGGGUGCUUUAAACUGGCUGGCUGGGUGUGGUUGGCGUCAUGUCGCCCGUGGUGGAUGAGACCGCGGGGGAUCUCCCAGUAAGAGACGUAGGUCAGAUGAGGGGAGGCCUCAUGCCUGCUCACGCAGAUGCCGUAUCCAACGUGAAGCCGUGGAAGAAGCAUCACGUCAUGAUUUCAAAAGACCCUCAGAGGCUAUUUCGCCUCCCCAGGGACCAACUGGAGGAUCUUUGCCUCCACGUGCAAGAAGAGAAUGUCGUGCUGAGAAAGCACACACAAGCGCAGGGGCAAAAGAUGCGCAGGAUGUCUACCAGACUGCUGCGUCUCCGUCAGGCGCGCCCAGGGUCCAGCGGCGCCAAGGAGAAGGAGAUGGAGGAUGCCCUGCAGGAGCUGGAAAGCCGCGUGGCCACGCUGGAGCGCCAGAAAGUUGUUUUGCACAACAAACUCAGCCUGGCAAAGCAGCACAUUCUGGACCUGGGCGGUCGCACUUCAUACAGGUUCAAUAAAGGUAAAGGCACGGAAGUGGACGGGGAAGUCGGGAGGGCGACCCGCACAGCCCCACCUCGCUGCUGUCCCAGAAUGGAGGACACCAGAGAAGACCUCAACAAAUUCGGUCUGAGCGAGCAGAUGAGGAUGACGGACCUAGAGCUGACCGCCCGGACCCUUCGGGACACACUGCGAGAAAAAGAGAGAGAGAUGGAGGGAACCGUGAGAGAGAUGAAGAGGCAACAGGCGGAGAGGCACAGGAUAAACAUCAGAGAGAACGUGGACGUGAUCUGUCUCCAAAAGCAGCUUUCCGAGAAGAGCGCCACCUUGAGGGUCACGCAGGAGAAGAUCGCUGAUCUUCAACAGGUCUAUGAGAAGCAGCUCGAGGAGGUAAAAGGAACACGCUUAGCCAUUACAAUCCGACUGACUGCUAACAGGCGAGAUUUGAAUUGCCUGACCCAGAGCCAGAGGUCCAUGAGGGAAGGUCAGACUCUUCUUCUGGAAAAAGCAGAAGAGCUGAAUGAGCAGCUGAAGCAGGAGAGGGACAGAGCACUGACACUCGAAGCUCAGCUCACAACCGCCAACCUAUCUCGGCAAACUCUGGGCGAGCUACGCGAGCGUAUAAGAGACCUGCAGGGAGAGAAGGAUCGGAUAAAAGAAAGCUACGACUCCCUACUUGAGAGUACUUUAUCUACUUACGGCGGGCACGAGGACCAAUGCAGGGAGGUCAUUGCGCGUCGGGAGGAGCCCGAGGACGGCGUUCUCGGCUUGGAUGUCCAGUUCCUGACGGAAGCGCUGCGGACUGAGAAGGAGCAGAGGAGCAGACUCCAGUUGGAGACUGAGAAGCUCAGACACGAGAAGGAGAUACUGGAGGAGCGACAUAAGGCCAAACUAGAACAUCUGGAAGAGGAGGUUCUCCAGUACAAAGAACAAAUAUCUGGCCUACAAAACAGAUUGGACUCUGUCACCAAGGAGUUCGACAUGAGUCCCCAAGAGCUCAGCGAGACGCUUUUGCGGAUCAAAGCCUUCCGGAUGCAGCAGGAGACCAGGGAGGGUUUACGUUUCCUCGAGCCCGAGGGAACGAAGGAGGACCUCCAGCUGACUGACAUCCAGGCGUCACACGCCGAGACCGUGUUGGAGUUGCAGAAAACCAGGAGCCUCCUUUUGUUGGAGCACCACAUCAGCAAAGACCUUCAGGGGGAGGUGGAGACAAUGAAGAAAAGGUUGGAGAGCGAGAGGAAGGAGGUGAGGAUGGCAAUGGAAGAGAGAGACAAAGUUUUAUCGAAAAAAGCUCUCCAGAUCAACUCAUUACAAGCCCAGUUGAAAGCCUUUGCAUACAGUACCAAGAACCAUCAAGGAACCAUGCCAAUACAGUACACGUGGCCAGCAGGGGACCAGGAACUCGUCCAGCCCUUUGAGGAUGACAUUUUCUGUGCUCCGCUAAGGCUCGGGGAGUCCCUCUUGGAACUCCACAUCAAGGGGGGCACCUUCACCCCAGGCGGCCUUCGUAAUAUGGGCGGCCUUUACGCAGACCAGGCUGAAGACAUGGUGACCUUCUGCACCUACGGCCUUUUGGACUUUGAAGUUCACUCAACGCCUCUGGCUAGGGGAAGCCAGCCCAAGUAUAGCUUCACCUCCCGCUAUGCUUUGACAGUCCAUGAUCUGGGGAGGCUGCGAGUUCAGGGCUCAAGGGUCAGAGUGGAACUCCACCAGGCCAUAGGAGGUGUCCGCUUCGUGACUCACGGAAGUGGCUACUUGUCCCUCGUAGGGGCCAUCGAGAGGAAAGGGGAGUGCACGAAUGGUUCUGUCAAUAUCACAGGCUCUGAGGGGGAACUAGUUGGUGUUGUGGAUUUCUGGGCGCGCUUGUUCCCACCGGCAGAGCCCACGGUGGCCGUGGCAAUGAAAGACAGUGACGGGAACGCGCCGAGACAGACGAGGCCUACCCACGUCAGUCGGGGCUGGCGAGAAGGCGGACGUGCACGGCAGGAGUUGUACGAUUACGGCAGCGGGAUUCCCAACGAACUGCUGCUGCUUCUGGAGCACUGCGAGGGCCUCCGUGGGCAAUGGCCGGGGAUGUUUCCCGACGCGUACCUGACCUACAGGCUCUACGACCUGCAGCCACACGUGUCCAAAACUGUCCGGGGAACUGCAGACCCAAUAUUCCACGAUACUGCCAGCUACCCACUUGCAAUCACGGCAGAUGUGCUGCGCUACCUGCGGUCAAGCCAUCUUUGGGUGUAUGUGUUUGACGAUAGCGAUGACCAGAUCCCGUCAGCCUACCUCGCGAAAACACCCAUUCCUCUGAGAGCACUGGCCACGGGCAAGGAGAUCAUGGGCGACUACGUCCUACGCGAUCCGGCGGGGGGUCCUCGGGGCACGGUCCGAGUACUGAUAAAAUGGAAAUACCCCUUCCGACCGCCAGCAGAUGCCGCGGGGGGCAGUGAGGGGAGACGCGAAGAAGCGCAAGGGUCGCGGAGGCCAGUCGCCAAGCCCAAAGUAAAGCCCACCCCCGACUGCAGAAAACCAAACAGGACGAAGAGAUCGGACAGGAGAUCACUCGGCCGACACGACGGGGGACCCUGCACUUCACUGAGCGCAUCUUCCGACUCACCACCGAUGUCAAAAUCUCAAGAAACCUCUUCCGUGGAGUUGCGGCUCAGGAAAAGCUCCGCUAUCGAGACUGGUCCUCAGAAUAUUCCCUCUGUGGAUGUUGUUUCGGUGGAUGAAGUGGAGGAGACGAAAGACGACGUGAGCCAAAGUGCUGAAGAACCGUCAGAGUCUUCAAAUACCUCGACAUGCGACCUUCUUAUUAUCCCACCCAGACUAAAGACAAGACGGGGCCACAAAGUGAGAGUGGAGAUCCUGUCCUUGACCUUGGAACCCUCGUCAAACGUGGCGUUGGACCGCUCGGUGCAGCGCGUCUACGUGGAAUAUCGGCUGCUGGGCGUCCCCAUGGAGACCACGGAGACGCCCGUGUCCCUCCGCAAGCCCACCGCGGGGGAGGAGAUUCACUACAACUUCACACGAGUCAUCUACGUGGACGGUUCACUGUCGGUUCCGCUCAGACAGUACCUGUACACCAUGUUGGAGGGCACCGACCCCAACGAGGGCCGGUUGAAGUUCACAAUUGUCAGCGAGCCAAUGGACGACGACGAAGAAUGCGCCGACGUCGGCUACGCGUUCCUGGAUCUGCAGGAGCUGCUGCUGACGGGAAACGACGUCACCGAACGGCAAAUCGACAUCGUGCGCGUGGACCGAGAGCAGGAGGUGAUCGGAUUCCUGAAAGUGUCGUUGAAGGCAGCGAAGGCGCUCAGCUGCAUUUACGAGGAGUUUCGCCGGCCGGAGGACGCAGAGGGCGACGGCGAGCGCCGAGAAGACCGGCGGGAGAAAGUGGAGCAGCGGCGGCGGAAAAAUCCCAUCCGAGGAGGAGAAAAUGACAACAGUGAUUUCUGAGCAAAAAGACUGUUUGAUCAAGCCUGUGCAGCACCGAAUUGUUGAAGCCGUUGAAGGUUACGAAAUAAAAUCUUU